CAAGGGAUAGCAGCUGAAGCCUCAGGAAAGAAACGUCUAGAUCUAGAGAUAAAGAGUUAAGGGGAGACGAAUCCCACAACGAACAACUAGGAAGCCCUGACAGUUGGUAACCCGGACCCACAUUAGAAGCAAAGAGGUCAAGCAGAGGCAAACGGACUCCCGACGUUGGCUGACGCUCCUUGCCAUGUCUCACGAGAUCCUUUCUCCGCCAGCGGGCUUACUGUCCGAUGAGGAUGUUGUAGUCUCCCCCAUGUUUGAAUCAACAGUUGCAGAUCUGAGGUCUGUGAUCCGAAAGGACCUUUUGUCAGACUGCUCUGUCAUCACCUCUUCUCUGGAGGACAAACAGGCUCCAUUUGAGGACACUGCAGAGAGAGUGAAAGUUUACCUUCGAAUCAGACCCUUCUUAACUUCCGAGUUGGACCGACAGGAAGAUCAGGGCUGUGUCCGUAUUGAGACUACAGAAACCCUUAUGCUGCAAGCACCCAAAGACUCCUUUGCCUUGAAGAGCAACGAGAGGGGAAUUGGUCAGGCCACCCACAAAUUCACCUUUUCCCAGAUAUUUGGGCCAGAAGUGGGACAAGCGUCCUUCUUCAACCUGACGGUGAAGGAGAUGGUAAAGGAUGUACUCAAAGGGCAGAACUGGCUCAUAUACACAUAUGGAGUCACCAACUCGGGGAAAACCUACACAAUUCAAGGUACUACUAAGGAUGGGGGGAUCCUGCCCCGGUCUCUGGCUCUCAUCUUUAAUAGUCUCCAAGGCCAACUUCAUCCAACACCUGAUCUGAAGCCCUUGCUCUCCAGUGAGGUAAUCUGGCUAGACAGCAAGCAGAUUCGCCAUGAGGAAAUGAAGAAGCUGUCCUUGCUAACUGGAGGUUUCCAAGAGGAGGAGCUGUCCACCUCCUUGAAGAAACGUGUCCAUCUAGACAGUCGGAUAGGUGCCAGCACCAGUUCAGACAGUGGCAUUGCUGGGCUCUCUUCCACCAGUCAGCUCACCAGCAGUAGCCAGCUGGAUGAAACAAGUACUUCAUGGGCACAACCAGAUACUGCCCCAGUAAGUGUCCCAGCAGACAUUCGCUUCUCUGUCUGGAUCUCUUUCUUUGAGAUCUACAAUGAAUUGCUUUAUGACCUGUUAGAACCACCUAGCCAUCAGCAUAAGAGACAGACACUGCGGCUGUGUGAGGAUCAGAAUGGCAAUCCUUAUGUGAAAGACCUCAACUGGAUUCAUGUUCGAGAUGUUGAGGAAGCCUGGAAACUCUUGAAAGUGGGCCGUAAGAACCAGAGCUUUGCCAGCACCCACCUGAACCAGAACUCUAGUCGCAGUCACAGCAUUUUCUCAAUCAGAAUCCUGCACCUUCAAGGAGAAGGGGAUAUAGUGCCCAAGAUCAGUGAACUGUCCCUCUGUGACCUGGCUGGCUCAGAGCGUUGCAAAGAUCAAAAGAGUGGAGAACGGCUGAAGGAAGCAGGGAACAUUAACACUUCUCUGCACACGCUGGGCCGCUGUAUUGCUGCCCUGCGACAAAAUCAGCAGAACAGGUCAAAGCAGAGCCUGAUCCCUUUCCGUGACAGCAAGUUGACUCGCGUGUUCCAAGGCUUCUUCACAGGUCGAGGCCGUUCCUGUAUGAUUGUCAACGUGAAUCCCUGUGCCUCUACCUAUGAUGAGACUCUUCACGUAGCCAAGUUCUCAGCCCUUGCCAGCCAGCUUGUGCAUGCCCCGCCUAUGCAUUUGGGAAUCCCAUCCCUGCAUUCAUUCAUCAAGGAGCACAGUCUUCAGGUAUCCCCUGGCUUAAAGAAAGAGGGCACAGCUGACUCGGGCCUUGAUGACCAUCCCGAAAAUGAAGCUGACAUCUCCAUGUAUGGCAAGGAGGAGCUCCUGCAGGUGGUGGAAGCCAUGAAAACACUGCUUUUGAAAGAACGACAAGAGAAGCUGCAGCUGGAGAUGCAGCUCCGGGAGGAAAUUUGCAACGAGAUGAUAGAGCAGAUGCAGCAGCGGGAGCAGUGGUGCAGUGAGCAUUUGGACAACCAGAAGGAACUGUUGGAGGAGAUGUAUGAAGAGAAGCUAAAGAUCCUGAAGGAAUCACUGACAAGUUUCUACCAAGAAGAAAUUCAGGAACGGGAUGAAAAAAUCGAAGAGUUAGAAACUCUCUUGCAGGAAGCCAAACAGCAGCCAGCGGCUCAACAGUCGGGGUCUGGACUGUCCCUAGUACGGCGGUCACAGAGGCUGGCAGCUUCUGCCUCCACUCAGCAGCUCCAGGAAACUAAAGCUAAACUAGAGCAAUGCAAAGCAGAGCUAAGCUCCACCACUGAAGAGCUGCAGAAGUAUCAGCAAAUGUUAGAACCACCACCAACAGCCAAGCCCUUCAUCAUUGAUGUGGACAGGAAGUUAGAGGAGGGCCAGAAGAAUAUAAGGAUGCUACGGACUGAGCUUCAGAAACUCGAGCAGUCGCUCCAGUCAGCAGAAAGGGCCUGCUGCCACAGCACGGGGGCAGGAAAGCUCCGGCAAGCCUUGACCACCUGCGAUGACAUCCUCAUCAAACAGAACCAGACCCUGGCUGAGCUACAGAAUAACAUGAUGCUAGUGAAGCUGGACCUUCGGAAAAAGGCAGCCUGCAUUGCUGAGCAGUAUCACACCGUGCUGAAACUCCAAGGCCAGGCUUCUGCUAAAAAGCGGCUGGGAACAAACCAGGAAAACCAGCAACCAAAUCAUCAACCCCCAGGAAAGAAACCAUUCCUUCGAAACUUACUUCCCCGAACACCCACCUGCCAAAGCUCAACAGACAGUGGCCCUUAUACACGGAUCUUACGCUCACGACACUCUCCUUUGCUCAGAUCUCCUUUUGGCAAGAAAUACUAAAGUUGUAGGGAUGAAGAUGCACUCUUGUUGCCCUAAGGUUGGUCAGCUGAUCAGCUUGUAAGUCUCGUAAGUUUCAGCAUAUAUAUAUAUAUAUAUAUAUAUAUAUAUAUAUAUAUAU